UGCCUGUGGUGUUACCAGACCAGGUGGAGGCUGUGUUAAUAGGAGCAGCCAUUUUGGGAGCAUGUGCAUCGCAGGACUUCACCUCUAUACAGAUCUGUGGCUGUCCAAGCGGCUCGGCGUGUGCGCCUGCGAGGAGUCUCCGUGGGGCAGCAUACGGCCCCUGGUGCGCCUGCUGGAGUUCUCCGGACAUGUCAUCCCGUGGCUCAUCGGCACCCUGUACACUCUGCUCCGUGGAGAGACGGCGGCAGAGCAGGAGAUCAUGCUGAAUUUGGCCCUGGCUCUGUUGUUGGACCUGCUGCUGGUCAGAGUUGUGAAGACUCUGGUGAGACGCCGAAGGCCCGCACAGAACCGCUCUGACAUCCUCUCCACCUUCUUCGUGGAGCGUUACUCAUUCCCCUCAGGCCACGCAACGCGGGCGGCAAUGUGUGCUCGGUUCUUCCUGGCCCAGCUGGUGGACACAGCCUCCAUGCGGGUGCUGGUCGUGGGCUGGGCCUUCCUGGUGAGCCUGUCCCGGCUGCUGCUCGCCAGACACUAUGUGACAGAUGUGGGCUUUGGCUUGGCCAUGGGUUACUGUCAGUACAGCUUGGUAGAAAGGCUGUGGGUGACCUGGGACUGCCUUCAGGACGUGCUGCUCAUGCAACUGCGAGAGACACUCAACAGGGCUUGUGGUGGUCUCUGGAUGGCAGCUUGGAAACAUUAGGUUCGGUGUGUGGUGUGCCAACUUAUAUAUAUGGGAUGUGUAGCAUGAGUCUGCGUAAUUGAAAAACUGAAUUGAAUUGUAUCAAAAUGACUCCAGUAUUUCUAUGUUUUUUAUUGUGUAUUUUCUUAAGAAUUAGGUGGGUGAUUUGGAAAUUGAUGGUGUGGGCUGUCACUGGCAAGUUGUUCAUGCAUAUAUGCUAUUGUUUGCACCACAAACCUGGUGACCUAAUCACAGCCUGAAACCAAAGCUAACUUUAACUAAACCCUUUUUAAAAUCAUUAAAAUCUAAUUAAAAUAAGUUGUAAGUGUAGUUGUGUAUGUCACUGAGACAUCCUGGUAGUUUCAGGAUGAGUGGUGUAACUGUCGCAUGUCACUGCUGUCUGACAGUGGCACAGUGCUUCCUGACACAAUGCUUCAUGACGGGUGUGUGGUUUUGUACUCAGCGACAACACACUGUGGGUUCUUUCUAUUUGUGUGACUGCUGGUGGGGGGGAGGCCAACUCACACUUAUCUAAGUUUCCAUCAGCUGCCGCCCUGUCUCCUGACUGUCAUUAUUAUUGUAAUACAUCCCAUCUCAUCUUACACAGUUGAUGAACAUACCAAUCUUGAAAAUAAACUACAACCAAA